AUGUCUGAUACAGUUUGUGGUUGUGGUGCAAUAUUCGGGGACAUCGAUAGUCUUCAAAAACAUUGCAACAAUAAUUUGAAUAAUAGACCAACAAUUUAUUGCACUGUAGGAAAACCUAAAAAAAACUGUUUUCCAACACAUAGUUCGGACUCAAAUAUGGUAAAAGUUACAAAAAAACAGUGUAUGGGCUUAGUAGGAUCAGGAUUCAAAAAAAUUAAUUCGGCCUUAAAAGGUGGUGUAAGAAAUUUUUUUUUGAAAAAUAAUACAAUUGUUGAUGACAUUGUCGAUUUCAUGGUUGAAAUAAAUCACGAAAUAAUAAAUUUAUUAAAAAUGUUAACUGUAAAGGGUAUGGUAAAAUUCAAUGUUUUACUACAUACAACGUACUUUCAUACUGUAACUGGUGAGUUCAAAGAUGUAUCAUUCAAGUCGCGCAAUAAAACAGUAGACUUAGGAACCGAUUUUACAUCAGUAAUGGAAAAAAUAACAUUAAAGUUGGAAACUGAAAAACAAGAAAUGGAAAUCAAGCAAAGUGGAUGGUCGCUAAUAUCAAUUGAUGGUAUUUUGUUGAGAGCUGUUGUAAAUAUUAAAAACGAUGAUCAACGAUGUUUCAAAUGGUCAAUCUUAUGUUAUUACAAUAAAAGAGUUAAAAUAAGUGAUUGGAAUGUUGCAUAUGUUGAAUUAGAACAACGUUUGAACAUAGAUUUUUUUGGUAUUGAUUUUCCAACACCAAUUGAACAAAUUAAUCGCUUCGAACGAAAAAAUCCUACAAUAUCGGUAAAUGUGUAUGCGUUGGACAAUAAAAACAUUGUUUUUCCAUUGCGUGUAACUAAAUCCAAAACCGCUACAGAUCAUAUUGAUUUACUAUACUUGAAAAAUAAUGAAACUAACCACUAUUGUUACAUCUCAAAAUUUUCAAGGCUUGUAUCAAAACAACGCUCAAAAAGUAAACGACAAGAAUAUCAUUGUAAACGAUGUCUCAGCGUAUUUAACGAGCAACCGUUAUUAACUCGUCCGAGUGGGAAAGAGGGACUUAAAGAACAUGUAAAAAUGUGUGGAAAAUUCAAGGAUGCUUNUGUAAAAAUGUGUGGAAAAUUCAAGGAGGCUCGCAUUGUUCUACCACAGCCUAACUCUGAUCUUUCAAUAUUAUGUUUUAAAAACACAAGACGAGAAGAAGCAAUACCAUUAGUUAUCUACGGUGAUAUAGAAAGUUUACUUGUUCGAACGAUGGAACAAAUAUCGGACAAGUCUAUGAUUGUACAAAAACAUAAACCAAUGAGUUAUUGUUUUUACUUAGUACGCAACUCCAAAAUAUUACUGCAAAACAUGUGUCAGGGAUUACCGGAGGAACCAGUAAUGUAUCGAGGACCUGAUGCUGCUAAACAUUUUGUAUCAGUGUUGUNUGCUGCUAAACAUUUUGUAUCAGCGUUGGUGGAUAUUGGAAAACAAGUAUCAGAUAUCAUGAAAAUUAACAUCGAGAUGAAUCCUCUAACUUCUGAGGAACAACAUCGUUUCAAUACCACAAAACAUUGCGACUCGUGUUUAAUAGAGUUUACCGAUAAGUUAGUAAAAGUCAAGGAUCAUAAUCAUUGGACGGCAAAAUUUCGAGCUGUUUUAUGCCACAAAUGUAAUUUACAACGACGAUAUUCCGCAUUCAUACCAGUUAUCAUGCAUGGUCUUUCAAACUAUGACUCGCACAUGAUAAUACCAGAAAUGGCUUACGACAAUAAAGACAUUACUGUUAUAGCACAAUCCGAAGAAAAAUAUAUUUCGUUCAGUAAGACAAUAAGCGAUUAUUUUCAACUUCGAUUUAUAGAUUCAUAUCGAUUUUUGCAAGCGAGUUUGUAUCAACUUACAACCACCUUGACUUUACCUGAUUUUGCACAUACAUUAAAUGUCUUUAAAUCGUUGGAGUUGGUCACACGGAAAUCGGUUUUCCCAUACGAAUACGUAGACAGUUGGGAAAAACUCGACGAAAAUCAGUUGCCAACCCGCGAAAAUCUUUACUGUUCCAUUACGAAAAAUACAGUAUCCGAAGAGGACUAUGAACAUGCAAAAAAAAUGUGGCAACACUUUGAAUGCAAAACUAUUGGUGAUUAUAGUGACAAGUAUUUACUUGUCGACGUUAUGGUACUUGCUGACAUAUUUGAAAAGUUUCGCGCGGAGAGUUUAAAAAAUUAUUCUCUGGAUCCCACUCAUUAUUACUCAUGUCCAGCCCUAUCAUUUGAUGCUAUGUUAAAAUAUACUGAUGUCAACAUUGAAUUGAUAACAGACCCAGAUAUGUUAUUAAUGUUUGAAUUGGGUAUACGUGGAGGUUUGACACAAGUCAAUCAGCGGUAUGCUCGAGCAAAUCAUCCAGGUAUCUCUGACUACAAUCCCAAUAUUCCACAUAAAUAUCUUCAAUACCUAGAUGCUACAAAUUUAUAUGGAACAGCAAUGAUGGAACCGAUGCCACUUGGUAAUUUUGAAUGGUCAACUGUUACAUUGGAGGAAAUACUUGACACAGCUGAGGAUGCUGAUCAUGGAUAUCUUGUGCAAGUCGAUGUAGAUUAUCCACAACAUUUACAUGAUUUACACAACGAUUUACCAUUUUUUCCGGUAAACGAGCGACCACCUCUACCGUCUGCCAAAUACAAAAAACUGAUGACCACAUUGUUUCCAAAACGUAAUUACGUUGUACACUAUCGAACAUUAAAGCAAGCGGUAAAACACGGUGUGGUUAUCACAAAACUGCAUAAAGUCAUAAAGUUUAAACAAUCUCGAUGGUUGGCACCCUACAUCAAAAUUAAUACAGAAUUACGUAAAAAAGCCUCCAACAAGUUUGAACAAGAUCUACCAAAAUAUAUGAUCAACUCCAACUAUGGUAAAACAUUGGAAAACGUGAAAAAACAUCAAAAUAUUCAACUCGUUUGUAACGAUGAUAAAUUAUCAAAACUGAUAGCGAAACCGUCGUUUGGUCACACCACAAUAUUUAAUAAAAAAUCUUGUAGCUGUACACAUGUAUAAAGAAAAAAUUAAUUUUUUUAAACCCAUUUUUAUUGGACAGGCCGUGUUGGAUAUUAGUAAAUGUAUCAUGUACAAGUUUCAUUAUGAUGUA